UUUAAAGAGAAGAAACAAGGAAAAAUUAAUUCCCAUCCAUGUAUCAACCAUGGAUUCUGAUUUAGAAUUUAACAUGCAUGCAAAGGCUAAAGGACAUGAUCUCUAUGAAUUGGUAUGCAAAAUUUUAGGAAUAAGAGAAUCAUGGUAUUUUGAUCUUAGGUAUAUAGACAAAUAUGGUCAAUAUAGUUGGCUCAAAUUAAAUAAAAAGGUUAUUGACCAAUGCCCAAAAUGUACAAUACCUUUUAAACCUCAAACAAAUACUAAAUAUAAUCCCAUAAUUGAACACAAUAUAAAAACUAAUAAUAUGUCCAAUAUAAAUAAAGAAAAGCCUAAAUUAUUUGAUGAUAAAUAUGAGCAACAUAUUAAUGAUGAUGGGAAUGGGAGCUAUAAUUCACCAAUUAUUUAUUCAUUUGAAUUUUUGAUUAAAUUAUACCCAGAAGAUGUUGAAGAAAUUAUUCAAGCUAAUACACUCCAUCUAUUUUUUUUACAAAUCUUAAAUUUAGUGCUUAACAUGGAUAUAUAUUGUCCACCAGAAGCCUCUGUUCUUUUAGCAUCAUACUCACUCCAGGCUAAAUACGGAGACUAUCAGGAAACUAUGUUUAAAGCUCAUAACAACUCUCAAGUGAUAUCCGAGUUGCCAGUUCGGGUAUUAAAUCAAUAUCAAAUGACAGAAUCCAUGUGGGAAGAAAGGAUCGAAACAUGGUACAUUCAUCACAAAGGCAUGAAUAGAGAGGAGGCUGAAUUGGAGUAUUUGAAGAUUGUGCAAGAUUUGGAUAUGUAUGGCAUACAAUAUUUUGAUAUCCACAACAAGAAAAAGACCGAACUUUGGCUUGGCGUUUCAGCUUUAGGCCUCAAUAUUUAUGAAAAGGAUAAUAAAUUAUCUCCAAAAAUAUUUUUCCCAUGGAACGAAAUAAGUACCGUCUCCAUGGACAUUAAAAAGUUCACCAUCAAGUUAUUGGAUAAAAACACUUCUGGGUUCGUUUUUUAUGUCGAAAAAUCGCAAACCAUUAAACUGAUACUUGAACUAUGUGUGCGAAAUCAUGAUCUGUUUUUGAGAAGACGAAAAUGCGAUUCCUUAGAAAUACAGCAGAUGAAAAAUCAAGCCAAAGAAGAAAGAGCAAGGAAACAAAUAGAAAAGGCUAAUUAUAUGAGAGAGCAGCAACAAUUAGAAGAGGUCCAGAAGAUAAAAAAAGAACUUGAACUUCAGCUGGAUAAUGUUAAAAAGGAAAACGACAGGAUUAAUCAAGCCUUGAAAAAGUCGAAAGAAACGACCGAGCUAUUGGUCGAAAAAUCAAAACUCGCCCAAGAGGAGAGUUAUCUUCUAGCUUUUAAGGCCAAACAGUCCCAAAUGGAGAUCGAAAAACUCAGGAGUUCCGUGAUGCUAGGGCAACAACAACAGCCCCAACAGUUACAAAAUAAUGUUAAUAUCAAUCCCCGUACCUUAUUAUUUAUGCCUUGUAAUGAAAGACUAAAUACCGUUACAUCGCUGAAUUAUAACAUCGGCAAUAAUUUUAACAACCUACCUUAUAAUAUAAGCAGUAACAAUGCCGCAACUUAUCAAAAUAACACCUAUUUUAAUAACAACCUUAAUAGUAAUAUAAUGAAUAAUAACGGCUUAAACGAAGCCUUAAAUAAUAUACUUUAUCCCGCGAUUAGUAACGGUUGCAAUUUUAAUAAUAUAAAUCAUGCCAAAUAUCUAUUACCUAACAUUUGCCUGGCCUUGGAUGGUUUUCCGACUUCACCCAAUUCUUUUUCUAAUGCCAACUAUAAUAUAAACAAUUCCAUUCUACCUAACGGUAAUCAUUUAGCUAAUCAUACCAAUAAAUAUUUGCUCAAUAACUCUAAUACGCUCAAACAACAUUAUCAAGAACCUUCCUUUUUGUGUGAUUUGAAAAUAAGAAGCAAGAAUAACUCGCUAGUUUUGCCUAUCAGCAACGAUCAACUGACAACCCCUUCAUAUUACAACUUCUAUCGUGAUAAUUUUUCUGCCUCCCAUCAACACAUCGGGGACGCGGCCCAUCUAAUCAAUAACUUACUCUAUAAUGUCAACGAAAAUAACCCCGGCAACGCUCCAACGACUGAUAAUUUUUACCGAGACUUCGAUUUUAUGGCCACUCAGCAUCAACUCACCACUGAUAAAGAACUCGAAUUGCUGAAUGGCCAACUCGAAAAGGAGAGGACCGAAUACUUAGAGAAAUGCAAGACACUCAGAUAUCAAUUGCAAGAGUUGAGGAAAGACUUCGAAACACUGAAAGUCGUUGAUAAAGAAAGUCCCCUGGAUAGGAUUCACGCAGAAGCUCAAAUCAGGGGCGAUAACAAAUAUUCUACUCUUAAAAAGGUAAAGAUUGGCACGAUGAAAUCCAGAGUCGCAUUUUUCGAAGAAUUAUAGCCAUUGUUUUUAUAAUCCACAAUUAAAAACCCAAAUCCAUGAGCUUCUAUCAAAAAUAUAAUUACCUUUGUUUGUAUAUAUAUAUCAUCAAAUGUUUCUUUAUGUUUGACCAAUAUUUAUUGAUAUACGAUGAAUCUACUAUGAUUAUAAAAUGUCUUCCAACACAUACUUUUACGAUUAGCAUUUAAAGUUAGCACAAUCAUUGAACUUUGUUGAAAAAUCACCUUUAUCCAUGUCACAAUUUUUU